AUGGAUACCUUUUACGUGGAUUUAAUCGCAUCUGAGAUAGAGAAAAGCGGUUACAAACGCAUUGCGAUCCAGUCCGCCGAUCUUUCGGUGGGAUCGCAGUUCUGCCAUGCCAUUCAGGCGCGGUUUAGAUCUUCGACGGAGCGCCCGGAAUUCUACGUGCUGGGCGACGUGUUCAUAGACUUCGUUGUUCACAUCGGCGUCUCUUGCCACAGCGUGAUGGACCCGCCGAUGCCAGUGAGGCGCGUUUUUGACCGCUCCGCAGCCGACGGCGGGAAGCUGUGCCUAUACUUGCGAGACGUACUGGCGGCGUGUAGCUACACGCGUCUGAUUCUGGUGUACGACAGCUCAAUGCACCACCUAGUAGAUGCGUUUGAGGAGUGCUUGAACUCUUCGGGCAAGCUGUCGUUUAUCGCAGAAUGCGUUGAGCGCUCGGGAGGCAACUCCGACCGGCCGGAGAGUGACGACUAUUUUUGCGGGCGACGUUUAUUCGUCUGCACCGCAGAUGGCCAGAGGACUCAAGCGUCGUCAGUGGAAGCGUCUGUGGGUGACAGCGAAACCCUCGUCUUGUACGUCGCCGACGGACCAGAUCGCGAUGUCACGACCGACUACUUGGCUCUUUCGAGCGUAGGCAGCCAAUUUCACGUUAUUACUGUCGACUCCAACGAGUUUUCACAUCGCGUGAUAGAUGAAAGGGGCCACAGGCUGCGCAUGCGGCGCUAUCAAAAGGUGGAGAAGGUGCGUGAAGCGUCGACGGUCGGUAUCCUGGUGAUUGCCCGUACGCUCCGCGGCUCUAGCGCCCUGCGUCACAGUCUAUCGCAACUAUUGGAGAGCCACGGCAAGCGCUGCUACACCUUUUCCGUGAACUGCCUGACCGAGGCUAAGUUGGCCAACUUCCCCAACAUAGACGUGUUCUGCCUGCUGUCUUGCGGGGAGUCCGUCCUUUCACUCCCUGAGGAGCUUGCACGCAGGGUGGUACUCCCUUUCGAGGUUCUGGUCGCAUUGGAGCGGAUUGAAUGGUCGGCACCGUACGAGUUCGACUUCGCGAGGUUGCUGCCGCAUGCCCAAGUGGAGGAGGCUGAUGCGUUGCCAGCAUCAGGGGGAGAGAUACGACGCUUGCGCGGCAAUUUCGAGCUACGCACGCAGGUCGAGAGUUUCAUGGGAACACUGCAAGACAACUCCAAGCGCACGUUCGGCGGAGUUGACCCGUUGCACGGCAUGUCCGACCAGGUGACCGUCGUGUCUGGCUUCCACGGCACCGCGAGUGGUUACGAGCACGAACGCCGCGUCUAG